CGCUGGGCCCGCACGUGGAGGCCGGCGCGGGGGCGCGGGCAGGGCCGGCUGCUGAGACGCGCUGCUGCCCCCCGCGCGGGCGCCGCGGCUUCAAUGGCGCCAUCGCCCAGGACCGGCAGCCGGCAAGAUGCGACCACCCUGCCCAGCAUGUCCUCAACUUUUUGGGCGUUCAUGAUCCUGGCCAGCCUGCUCAUCGCCUACUGCAGUCAGCUGGCCGCCGGCACCUGUGAGAUUGUGACCCUGGACCGGGAUAGCAGCCAGCCCCGGAGGACGAUCGCCCGGCAGACGGCUCGCUGUGCAUGCAGGAAAGGGCAGAUCGCUGGCACCACGAGAGCGCGGCCCGCCUGUGUGGACGCAAGAAUUAUCAAGACAAAGCAGUGGUGUGACAUGCUCCCGUGCCUGGAGGGGGAAGGCUGUGACCUGUUAAUCAACCGCUCAGGCUGGACGUGCACGCAGCCCGGCGGGAGGAUAAAAACCACCACGGUAGGUGCCCCCGCUGUCCUGUGA